CGGAAUGAUAUUCAGUUGCCCGAGAACCCUUACAGAUGGUGCGAGGCACCGUGACAUCAAUGUCACAUCUACAUGGCAUCGAGUCCAACAUAUCAAGCCGUACGAGGCUACAUUAGCCAAUCGCUGGCUGCGCACGGCGUACGCGCGCUCUGUCUCGAUAGCUAUAUCGCACUUGCCUCCUAAACAUCGACAUCCUCCCACUAUUCUGCGCCCAAGAGAAAGUCAGGAAGACAAGUAGGGAAGAUGUCCAACCCAUCCCACGAAGAAGCCUGGAAGAAACUCGGCGAAGCAUGCGUUUUAUCCGCUAUGUUCGAUUCUCCCGAGAGACAGUCGUUUUCCCAGUGCCUCCCCGGCACGCGAAUCGACCUUCUCCGGACUCUGCGUCAGACCAUACGCGAAGAGAACCGCAGGAUCAUUUGGCUCUCCGGAGAGUCGGGCUCAGGCAAGUCUGCCGUUGCUUAUACGCUCGCAGAGCAGUGUCGUGCGGAUAACUUAGGCUGGAAGCCGAACGCUACCCGGGGUCCGGAGAUCUUCCAGCACCCACAGGCUCCGCCUCCAGACAACCUUCGCAGGAUGCAGGUCGCGGCCACCUUUUUCUUUUCCCGUAGAGAUCCCAUUCGCAGCACCACAGAGCGCUUCAUUCCCACCAUCUCUUAUCAGCUAGGUCUCCUUCAUCCCCACGCAAAGAACGCCAUCACCAAAGCUAUCGUUGAUGAUUCUACAUUGCUGAAGUCCGAAAGGUCGCGCUACGAUCAGUUUCUCCAGCUUGUCCUCGCCCCAUUAAGAGCGUUGCGAAACAUCUGGAAGGAAGAUCCUAGGACCAUGAUCAUGAUUGUUGACGCGCUGGACGAGGUCAUCAACUCGGGCCACGACAGUGUUCGCGAGCUCGUCGACUUCUUCCUCCGUGCGCUUCAGCAGAAGGACAUUUCCAACUUUCACAUUGUGAUUACGAGUCGGCUCUACACCUACAUCCAGAACGCUAUGUGUAGCAGCCCGUUGGUUCUAACCCUUACUAUCGAAAACUUUGUUGUACAUCAAGACAUCAAGCUCUUUCUCCAGACGUCUCUCGACGAAAUUAGAAACAUCCCUUUCUCUUCUCUUCCUCAGUCUUGGCCAUCGGAUGACACCUUUCAACUCUUCGUCGAGCAAGUUUCUCGCAGUUUCAUCGUGGCCGUCACCGCGAUUAGGUUAUUAAAGCAAAAGCUCUCGUCGGAGAUGAAAGACUUCUUAGACGCCCUCUCCCAAACGCAGCAGAUGACGACCAUCGACGAGCUAUACCGUCAUGUCAUCUCUAUUUCGGAUCAUGCGUCCGAAGGUGCCUCCCUCCUCACUCUCAUUGUAUCCUUAUCGCAGCCCUUGCCCGUUGAUGCCAUUUCCAGCCUAGUCCAGUACGACGCACGGCCAUUUCUUGACUCCAUAGCCGCCAUUGUUUCUGCUCCUCUGACGCAUCCCGUCACUACCUACCAUACAUCGCUUCGCGACUUCUUCGGAGACAAAACACGAUCUCAGCAGUUCUAUCGCAACCCAUCCCAAACACAUCUCUACCUAGCUUGCGCGUGCUUACGGCUCAUGGUACGCACACUCGUAACAGAUAUUUGUAAUCUGGGGGACCCGUCACUGGUGCAUACGGAAAUCGAUGGGUUUUACGAGAAGAGAGAUAAAGCGAUAUCGCCUGCGCUUGCGUAUGCGGUGACACACCUGAUCGACCAUUUACGCGAGGCAACGCCUGACAGUACAUUACGGGGCCUUCUCGUGUCCUUCGUUAAAGAAAAUCUCCUCCAUUGGAUCGAAGUCGUAUCUCUGCUUGGAGUCAUUCGUAUUUUCUCACCCCUCAGAGAAGUUGCUGAGGUCAUAUCGACAUGGGAAUUAUCCCCGGAACAGAACAUCAUAAACACGCUCUUCUAUGACACAUACCGACUUGUACAUCAUUUUUCAGAUCCUAUCUCGGAUUCAGCUCUCCACGUCUAUCAUACAGCUCUUCCUCUUUGUCCGCUCGAAACGAAGCUUCGAGAGGUAUACAAGGCAUAUCUCUCCACUUCCAACACAAUUGCUGUAGAAGGUCUCGAUAGACACUGGGGAUCGGAAGUACAGAGUAUCAAUAUUCCUGGUCCUGGAAAAUCUGUGGAAUGUAUCUCUUCUGACGGUCGGCUGGCCGCGGAGUACAGCCGCGAUGAUCUCACCUCAGCCUACACAUUCAUCGAGCUGUGGGAUAUCCACACAAUCACAAUGGUGGCAGCAUAG